AUGAUGAUUGAGUUCAUUAAGGAUAUACUUCCUGAAGGGGAAACAUUACUAAAGUCCCAUUAUGAAGCUAAGAAGGUUUUGUGGGACCUGGGACUCGGAUAUGAGUCCAUACAUGCCUGUAAGAAUGACUGUAUACUUUUCUGGAAGGAGCACGAGAAGGAUGAUAUGUGUCCAAAAUGCAAAGAGUCCAGAUACAAACGAGUAAAUGUUAAGGGUAAGAAAAUCCCACACAAGGUCCUGCGUUACUUCCCAUUAAAACCAAGGCUACAAAGAUUGUUUAUAAACAGGAAGACAGCUUCUGAGAUGAGGUGGCAUAAAGAGAAGCGCACCACGGACCCAGAGGAGAAGGUAUUAAGGCAUCCGAUAGAUUUUGAAGCCUGGCAAGAAUUUGACAAGAAGCACGGUUGGUUUGCCGAUGAACCUCGAAAUGUACGGCUUGGACUGGCCAGCGAUGGUUUCAAGCCAUUUGGAAACAUGAGUACCACUUAUAGCAUGAAGACGGUUAUACUUAUUCCGUACAAUUUACUGCCUUGGAAGUGUAUGAAAGAGCCAUUCUUUAUGAUGUGCUUGUUUAUUCCUGGCCUAAAGUCUCCUGGAAAUGACAUUGACGUGUAUUUGCGCCCGUUGAUAGAUGAGUUAAAAGAUUUGUGGGAAGAUGGCGUAGAGACAUAUGAUGCGUCAAAGAAAGAAAAUUUUCAAUUGCAUGCAACAUUGUUAUGGACCAUUAAUGACUUUCCUGCCUAUGGGAACUUGUCCAGGUGGAGUACAAAAGACAAGAUGUUGGAACCUAAGCAUCUAUCCGAUGAUGAUAUAUUAACUCAAAUGGAGGCAAUCAAACAUGUAGAAUUUGAAAAGAGACCGAAUACUAAGAAAAGGAAGGUUAAUGUAAACGAGUUGAAUUGGAGGAAGAAAAGCAUUUUCUUUGAGUUGUCAUAUUGUCGAACACUGAAACUGAGGUGCAAUCUAGAUGUGAUACACAUCGAGAAGAAUAUUUGUGAAAACGUCAUAGGAACAAUAAUGAAUAUCGAAGGAAAAAUAAAGGACACCCCGAAGGCUCGCAUGGACUUGCAGAAUAUGGGGAUCAGGAAUGAAUUAUGGCUAGUUCCGAAUGGUGAUAAAUAUAUGGUACCACCAGCUUGCUACACACUGUCUACGGAUGAGAAAAAGAGUUUAUGUCAAUGGUUGAGGGAUGUAAAUUUUCCAGAUGGGUUCGCAUCAAACAUCGCGUGA